AUGUUACUUUUUUCGGAUAAUCCACUAAAUGGCAUCUUUCCCAAUUCUGUUAGGAAUCUCUCUACUUUUCAUAAGUACUUUGAAAUAGGUCAUUGUAGUAUAAAUGGCAACAUUCCUAGAGAAAUUGGCAGUUUAAGCAACUUGAUGACUUUGCUGCUAGAUAACAAUCAAUUUGUUGGACCUAUUGCAACUACACCAAGGAAAUUGGACAAGCUUGAAGCUUUAUACCUUCAAAAUAAUAAACUUGAAGGUUCCAUCCCACCUGAUCUUUGUAAUUUGGAGAGCUUGGUUGAAUUAAAUUUAGCUAGUAAUGAGUUCACUGGAGGCAUUCCUGAAUGCAUGAGAACUUUGAAAUCUUUAAGAAAUCUCUACUUAGCCUUCAACCAGUUAACUUCUAUGGUUCCCUUAAGCUUGUGGAACCUUACGUAUAUCUUGGAGGUCAAUUUGUCAUCAAAUCUUCUAGAUGGCUCUCUCCCGAUAAAGAUGGGGAAUAUGAAGCCUAGCAACAUCUUACUAGACGAAGAUUUGGUUGCACAUGUUGCUAAUUUUGGCAUGGCGAAACUCUUAGGCGAUGGAGAUUCUGUGAUAAGAACCAUGACUCUCGCUACUAUCGGAUAUGGCACCAGGUGA